CGCAACUGGAAAGCAGUUUUUUGGACUUUUCCAAAGGCGGUACUCGAUUUGGAGUGUGCAGGUGUGUAGACGCGCCAUGGAUCUAGGGUUGGUGCUCCAAACGAUCGAGGCAGCGUGCAAUGACCUACAAGAUGUCAAUAAGCAGGCAUCAGCAGAGGCAACUCUGCUUGCAUUCCAGAAAUCACAGAGGCCUAUCCAAGCAUGUCAGUACAUCCUAGAGCAUUCGCAAAACGCUAUAGCGAGGUUUCAGGCAGCUGCUACUCUGCGAGAAGCAGCUCUGCGUGAGUGGCUGCUGAUGAGCAAAGAGGAAAAGGAGUCGCUUGCAUCGUACUGUUUACGGUAUGUACUCGAAAGAGCGGAGGGCAAACACUCCUUCGUUGAAGCGAAGAUGCUUGCUGUGGCCGCUGUGCUUGUCAAAAGGAGCUGGCUUGAUGAGGAUGGAGUGCAGCGUAGGGAGCAGCUUCUCAAGCAAGUCAGUCAGAUAGUUCAAGGCAUGAUGGGUGUGUAUGCGCAGAAAGUCGGUGUGGCGUUCCUUGAGGCUUUGGUUGGCGAGUUCUCCCUCUCAACAGCGACUCUGAUGGGUCGUCCGAUAGAGUUCCAUGAUCGGUGUGCACAGUCGCUCGAAGAACAUUACUUGAAGGAUAUUUUUGAGAUGGUGCAAGGUGCAGCCGUGUCGUCUGCUGCUCGGGUUCUCGCAGAAGGAAUGGUUGUGGAUAUCGAGGUUUGUGCGAAGUCGCUGCAUGUCAUGAACCAAAUACUGUGCUGGAAGUUCCUGAAGCGGUUAGCUGGGGGAGGAGGAGGACCACCAGCGAGAACGAGGUUGAGUAUGCGGUCGGCUGUUGAUAGUAUGCCUGUGCAGCCGGGACGACUGUGGCGAGAAGUGCUCCUUCCAGGUGAACGUAUAGAAUGGCUGCUAGGGUUGUAUGCAACACUGCGGCAGAAGGAGACGGCGGGCAAGGAUCUUAGAGCAAUCAACGAGUGGAUGGGCUCUCCUCUGGCUGUCUCGGCACGACAGGUGGUUGUGCAGCUGUGCUCUCUGAAGGGAGAUAUAUUUCCUAACGACGGAGGGCGUUUGCAGGAGGAGCACCUUCACCGGAUGUUGUGCAGUGUCAUAUCAUGGUUGCAUCCGUUGGAGUCCGCAGUAGGCCAAGCGGUUGCCGGCGCAGAGUAUGAACUUCUGGAUGGUUGCCGUGCACUGCAAGCUCUGGCAAGUGUUCACGCUUCAGCUUCGUUUAGUCGUGCAUUUCCGCAAUCAGACGGUCAUGCUGGUGCUAUAAACUUUCUAGGGUCAUUGACAUGCCAAGUCAUUCGAGCUGGUAUGCGUAACGAGGAAUCUCACGAUAACUGGAGCUCAGAGGCAUUUGAGCUUCUUCUUGACACAUGGGUGAGCCUUGUCCAGCCAGCUGCCCUCCACUUUCAGAAAGCAUGGCAGGAGCCAACCCCGGCGGCAGUGGCGGAAGCGGCUGCAUCUGUCUUUCAAGAGUAUGUGUCUGGGGAGCUUGGCCUAGCAGCGGCCUCGGCGCAUGAUGAAGAUGAUGCGCAGGAGCACAUGCGGCCUGCAACUGAUGCACGUCAUGAGCAACUGAGUCUUGUUGCACAGCUGGGACGGGCGGCACCUGCGAGGUCUCUAAGCUUUCUUGUUUCUGCGUUCUCCGAGAGGUUGAGCUGCCUUCAGCAGUGUAUUGUGAACAGGCUGGACCCCACGAUACCAAUGGAAGAACUCUACUGGAUGCUGCUGAUAGCAGGACACGUGCUGGCAGACAGUGCUAAGGGUGAAACACCGAUGGUGCCGGAUUCCAUCAGGGAGAUUGGGUGUGUAAGUAAAGCCAGAGGAGCACCAGAUGUGGACAAUGACCUGGUUGUGCAACUUUCCCGGGCUGGACUGGAACUGGCAUGCCUUAGUCUUAAUCCUGAUGCCCGGUCAAUGGUCUUCAGCCCUCGCCUGAUGGAAGCAAUCCUGUGGUUCUUGGCUCGGUGGUCGGAGACGUACUUGAUGGCAAAUGGGUGUUCGCAGAGAUGGGAGCAUGUGAAUGGCAUCGGGGGUGCAAAUGGAGCUGACUUGACGAAUGACGACUCUGCUGCUGCAAAUGGGCAGGGGGAGAGUUUGGAAGGAGCUUGUGUUGCAGUCGUAGCUUUUGGGGAGAAGGGGGAAGGAAAGCGAGUUCUGGAGGCUGUGCUGAGAAUAGCAUCCGUUGCUCUCACAGCAUGGCCAGGGGAGAGGGAACUUCAGGAGACAGCAUGUUUCAUGCUUCUGCCAGCGUUGGUUCGGCGAAGGGCUGUUUGCCGUCAUCUGGUUGGGAUGGAGCCAUGGCGGGAGUUGGCACGUGCGUUUGUGCAGUCCGAUCCAGCUCUGGCCACUCUCGGAGCCCCGCUGCAGCGAUCGCUGGCCUCCUCGCUUUGCAGAGUGGUUACCGGCGUGGAAGGUGCAGAAGCCUGUACCGGCUACAUUAACGGACUCAUGGGUCCAUUUGCAACCCAGAUCAGAGCGAUUGCUGCCAGGCCUGAUCUUGGCUCGAUGGGCCAGAGGCCAGAUGUUGUUCAGCAGGUCAGCUGUCUCCUGGAGAGGUUGAGAGGUAGCGCGAGGGCAACUCUUCCACAGAGCCAGCAAGCAUUGUUCUCCUUGGGGGAGUCUGUUAUGGAUGCGCUGCUCUCCUUACUGCAGGUGUACAAGAAUCAACCAGCCAUCGUUUACCUCAUUCUGAAGUAUGUAGUGGAAUGGGUUGACGGGCAGGUGGCGUUCAUCAACCCUCAGGAGACGGGUUUGGUGUUCGGUUUCUCGGUGCGGUUGCUGCAGGUGUAUUCCUCUCAUAACAUAGGGAAGGUAUCGGUUGACGCGACAAAGAGUCUUGCCAGCGAGUCGCAGUUUGAGAAAUACAAGGACUUGCGGGCGCUUCUCCAGCUAUUGACGAGCAUAAGUUCGAAGGAUCUGCUUGAUUUUGGUAGUGUCCCAGGGGUGGAGCCGAAGGGCGAUGUGGCACAGGCUGUCUAUUUGGGGCUGCAUAUCAUAGUUCCCCUGAUUUCACCGGAUCUCCUCAAGUACCCGAAGCUGUGUCGGCAGUACUUCACUCUCCUUUCCCACAUGCUAGAAAUCUACCCCGACAAAGUUGUGAUGCUCCCACCUGAAGCCUUCUUACCUAUUGCACAGGCGUUGAACUUUGGAUUAACGCAUCAGGAUUCUGAUGUUGUGAAUUCCACCCUGGCGGCAAUUGGAUCGAUUGCCAUCUUUCAUUAUCAGGAGCGCUCAAGAGGGUUGCCUGGUUUAGGGCAACACGCGGACGCGGCAAGUUAUCCUUCCUCUUCCUCCUCCUCCUCCUCCUCCCCUUCCCCACAUUCAGCACAAGGACGGGGCGUGCUUGCACAUUUCCUCUAUGCCAUCAUGCACUUGCUUUUAUUUGAGGAUUACAGCAACGAUUUGGUAGAGCCGGCAGCUGAUGUGCUUCUCCCAUUAAUUCUGUGUGAGUAUGGCACAUAUCAGCAACUGGCACAGGAGCUGCUCGCUGGGCACCUGGAUAACUCUCUCAAGGCGCGACUGAGCUCAGCUCUAGGUUCCCUUAUGAGCGGUGAAGUGGCAAAAAGCCUCGACCGCCAGGCACGGCGGCAGUUUCGGAAAAGCCUCCGUGCUUUCCUGGCUGAUGUGAGAGGCUUGCUGAGGAUGAAGUGACAAAGCUGUGCGUGUAUUGCUCAUGCUACACACAUGAAAGGUAGUGGUUGCUCGUAAGUUGUGUACCCAAUCAUAUUCGUGCAGUCUGGAGUCAGUUUGUUUUCUUGCCCUUCCCCCCUGCUGCCCCCCCCCCCUCCUCCUCUCCUCCCCUCCUGUCAUCGAUAUGCGCCUUGUUAAUAUUCAGUAGAAGAAAAUGUGCUCUGAAGCAUUGUGGUGGCUCUCUCAUUAGCCGAGGGGCUCGAAGCAAGUAUACAAAUGUAUCUGAAGUGCUGGCAUCCAUAUCUUCUUCACCUUGCCCCAUGAGCAAGGGAAACUGCAAUGCGCAAAGGUCCAGUCCAAGGUUUUCAAGAGACCGUCCACACAGAGGAAGGGCACCUUUGAUAAUGCUCUACUACUUUUGUUUCAUCUGUGCAAAUGCUUCUUCGCUUCUACAUAAACAGCAUAUGUCUGGCAACUGGGAAAGAAUCAACAGGAACAGGCAAA